ACAGUGCAUAAUGUCAUGCCCAGAAUUUUCAAUGCAUCUCUUUUCCCUCCCUCUCUUGCAGACAUUAACUCAGAGGGGAAGAAUGCCCCUUCAAGUUCCUACCCACUCGGCUCUGACGAACUCCCAAACAACACGACUGGCAAAGAGAAGGGAGAGCCCCCCCACACCACAGCUCACAACCUUCUUCAGUCAGGAGAAGACUUCUUCGAUUCUGGGACUGAGAAGAUGACUCCAUUGCCUCACAGAGAUGUUCUACAAGAGCCAGCUUCUGCCCCUGAAGCCCAUACAAAACAAACUUUCCCUUCCAAGAAGAAGCCACCUUCUCUAAAGCAAGUAAACACCACAAGGAAGCAUCUGAGACCCCAAACUACCCCAGCAAUGCUUCAGAGAGCUGCCUCUCAGCCAAACCUGUCACGCCCCAGGUCCUUCACCUCUGCUGAAGAGCCUCAUGCGCUGGGGAAUGGGAUUACUAUGGCUUCUGAAGCCAAGCAAGCAACCCCAGAGCUGCCAUUGUGGGGUGGCAGGAGAGGAGGCAGUGGCACAACCAGCCAGUCUCCACUGCAGAUUUCUCCUUUUACGUUACGACCUUCAAUCCGCCAGCCCACUUCCCAAAGCCCAGAGACAGUAAAGCAGCCUGGGCCUGACGCAGCUGCUGUAGAAGGCGAUACAAUCGGCCCCAGUGUUAACAAGACAAGCAGUGCAGAGAACGAGAUGAAUGGAUCUGCUUCCGAAGAAAGUCAAGAAACAACCACUUCCACCAUCAUCACGACCACAGUCAUCACCACCGAGCACACGCCAGUUAUCUGCAGCGUGAGCUUCUACGACCCAGAAGGCUACAUUGACUCGACGGACUAUCCCCCGCUUCCUGUGCCCAACUUCCUGGAGUGCACCUAUAACGUGACAGUCUACACGGGCUAUGGAGUUGAGCUCCAGGUGAAGAGUGUGAACCUGUCAGAGGGUGAGGUGCUCGCCAUUCGUGGAGUGGAUGAUGACAACUUGGUGAUCUUAGCCAAUCAGACACUUUUGGUGGAGGGUCAGGUGAUUCGCAGCCCAACCAACACUAUUUCCGUUUACUUCCGGACAUUCCAAGACGAUGUGGUUGGGACUUUUCAGCUUCAUUAUCAGGUGUUCAUGCUCAGCUGCAGCUUUCCCCGGAGGCCUGACUUUGGAGAUGUCACCGUCAUGGAUCUGCAUUCUGGUGGAGUCGCCCAUUUCCACUGUUACCUGGGAUACGAACUCCAAGGCCCCAAACUGCUCACAUGCAUCAAUGCAUCUAGACCUCACUGGAGCAGCCCAGAACCUGUCUGUUCAGCACCCUGCGGCGGCCUGGUGCAUAAUGCCACGAUUGGACGAGUUCUCUCGCCGAGCUACCCCGGGAACCACAGCAACAUGCACUGCGUGUGGACCAUCGACGCUCCCCAGGGCCAGAAGCUGCACCUGCACUUUGAGAGGCUUCUGCUGAGUGAGAAGGACAGAAUGGUGGUGUACAGCGGAGAGACGAACCACUCAGCCAUCCUCUACGAUUCCCUGCGGACAGAGAGCGUCCCCUUUGAAGGCGUGAUCAGCGAGGGCUCCGCUAUACGCAUUGACUUCCUGGCGGAUGAGGCGAGGGCCACCACAGCUUUCAACAUUCGAUUUGAAGCUUUCGAGCGAGGCCAUUGCUAUGAACCCUACAUUCAGAAUGGGAAUUUUACCACCUCCGAUCCUACCUACAACCUGGGAACGACGGUGGAGUUCACCUGUGACCCUGGCCAUUCCCUGGAGCAGGGACCUGCCAUAAUCGAGUGUAUCAACGUCAGGGACCCCUACUGGAAUGACACCGAGCCACUGUGCAGAGCAAUGUGUGGAGGGGAGCUCUCUGCCAUGGCAGGAGUCAUCCUGUCCCCCAACUGGCCAGAGCCCUAUGCUGAGGGAGAGGACUGCAUCUGGAGGGUACACGUUGGGGAGGAAAAGCGGCUUUUCCUGGACAUCCAGCUCCUGAACCUGAGCAACAGCGACAUCCUGACCAUUUACGACGGGGACGAGCUCACGGCCCGGAUCCUGGGGCAGUACGUUGGCAGCAGUGGCCCCCAGAAGCUCUACUCCUCCACCCCCGACCUCACCAUCCAGUUCCACUCUGACCCCGCGGGCCUCAUCUUCGGGAAGGGGCAGGGAUUUAUCAUGAACUACAUAGAGGUCUCAAGGAAUGACUCGUGUUCAGACCUGCCUGAAAUUCAGAACGGGUGGAAGACCACAUCACACACAGCGCUAGUGAGAGGGGCCAAGAUCACCUACCAGUGUGAUCCAGGAUAUGACAUCGUAGGAAGUGACACGCUCACCUGCCAAUGGGACCUCACCUGGAGCAGCGACCCUCCGUUUUGUGAAAAAAUUAUGUACUGCACAGACCCUGGGGAAGUGGACCACUCGACCCGUUUAAUUUCUGAUCCAGUGCUGCUGGUUGGAACCACCAUUCAAUACACGUGCAACCCAGGCUUUGUACUGGAAGGAAGUUCCCUUCUUACGUGUUACAGCCGCGAAACAGGAACUCCAAUCUGGACAUCAAGGCUACCCCACUGUGUCUCUGAAGAGUCCCUUGCCUGUGAUAAUCCAGGAUUACCUGAAAAUGGCUACCAAAUACUCUACAAACGCCUUUACUUGCCAGGCGAAUCCCUGACGUUCAUGUGUUAUGAAGGCUUUGAGCUAAUGGGCGAGGUUACUAUCAAAUGCAUUCUGGGCCAGCCGUCCCACUGGAGCGGACCCCUGCCCAUCUGCAAAGUGAAUCAAGACAGUUUUGAACACGCUUUAGAAGUAGCAGAAGCUGCCGCAGAGACGUCGCUCGAAGGGGGAAACAUGGCGCUAGCCAUAUUCAUCCCAGUGCUGAUCAUCUCACUACUGCUGGGGGGCGCAUACAUCUAUAUCACAAGAUGUCGGUACUACUCCAACUUGCGCUUGCCCCUCAUGUAUUCCCACCCAUACAGCCAGAUCACCGUAGAGACGGAGUUUGACAACCCAAUUUACGAGACAGGGGAAACAAGAGAAUAUGAAGUUUCAAUAUAAAGACAGUGAUACGAGAGUCUCCAAAUGUGAACUUAAUCCACUCCAAUAGAACUUCCUCCGUAACUAAUCCAGAGACCAUGUGGAGUUUAAUUGGAAUCCUGGACCUACUCUUGUCUGUCCUUUUGCCUCUUUAUUGAUGAUUUCACUGUUUUCUUCGCUGUAUUUAUUCUAUUUAACUUGAGAUAGAUGUGUUCAGAGUGUUCCCGGCAGGCUGUACUCCGCUCCCUGGGUGUACCAGACCUCUGAGGACCAGUGCAGAGCUACCAGCCCACACAUGAAGGUGGGGAGGUGCAGGGAUCAGCUGGCCCCAUCCCGCAGCAGCGACAGUCUCCAACUCUGCACUGGCCACACGCAAAGAGAUUUUACGUUUUUCGUGGUGUUAAAAAUUAAAAUGUCUCCAUGCAAGAUCCUGCAGUUAACUGCCAAGAGCUGGGUUAGACCCAGAGUAUUAUACAUAGAGAGUCUUUCUGAGCACUGUCCUAAGCCUAACUACUGCCCACACAUUUCCGGUUCUCCUAGAGUUUGAUCAGGCAUCUGGUGCUACGCUCUCUGAUUCAAAGAGCAGUGAGUAGAGGGAGCAGCCUCUCUCCUGGGGCCCAUCUCAGGAAAGUUACCAGGCAGGUACAGCGCGGUGCCCUCGGGUGUCUGGGGAGAAAGGGGAAGCAGAGACCAAACUAGCAAGUUACAUGCUACUUGCUUGGCCCAGUUUGUUUUUAAUCCUGGAGAGGCACAUACAAGAACAUGUGAGCUGCUGCAGAGAAGCCUUAACGUGUGCAACCAGCGAUUGCUGAGCAUAUCAACCCUGGUCUGAGAGACCUUGGCAGGCAUGGGUACAAUCUUCUCGGGCUGUGUUUCUGCUACACUGGGAACAGACAGGCUUGCUUGUCUUCUGCUCACCCCUGUUAUUGCUUUUUAAUAACAUUUACUGUGGCCAGUGCAAGGAAUAUGCAGUCUCUCUCAAAGUCGGAGUUCCCCUUUUGCCCACUUUAUUGUAAGUAUCUCAGGGUAAUAACGAUGGAAUACAGGAUCCUAUCACAUGCUCUGGUUAAUUUUGGAGCAUUCGCCCUUCAAGGUCACGGUGCCCUCAUGCAACUGGAAGAGUCCACUGUUCUUCUGGAAUAGCUGCUCUGGGAAGGGCAGGUGGGCUGGUUAGUUAGCCACAACUCUGCAUGGGAAGAGCCAGAGUCAGUCCUUCCUCCCAUCUUCCCGGAGCAUGCAAAGCCAGAGUGCACUUGAUCAGAUCUCAGCAGCACGGGAAGACUUUAUGGCAGCAACCAAACCACCACGUUCCUGUCGUUCCAAACCCAUCCCAGGGCGCUGCCACUACUCCGAGGCAGAAAACAGCGUCCAGUAAGAGCUGCACUGUCCAGCUUUGAGCUAACAGGAAAUCAACUAGAUUUGCACUCGGCUUGUGAGUCAGGCAUUGGGCAAACCCCACUUGGAGAAGAGAGAAUAGACUAGUGGGAUGAUGGUAGGGAAGAAAGUCAGGUAGCAAACCUUCCCUGACUUCACCACAGGAGCCCAAUCGCUGGAGGAACAUAGCAGGCAAAAUAGAGCCUUUAGUAGCCACUUCCAUCUUGAUCUAACCCUGUGACAACUGGAAUUCGAGCACCACAUUCAUAUUCUUUGGUUCUGGAGAAUAAUAUGUUCACAUUUAACAAAACAAAUGCUCAAAUGUUUUCUUUUCAUGGAAACAUAAAGAUUCACAAAAGGUUCCAAUGACUUAGUGACCAAUAUUUCUCUUCACAAAACUGGCGGUCACACAGGACCAUUCCUGCUAUCGUUGGAGGGACAGCGACAUUGUUGAUGUUUCUUUGGCUGCUGGUGUCUUUUUUCUGUCUGUGUAGAAUGGCAGUUCUAACCAUGACAACGUUGUCAAGUCCGUUUUAGUUUAGAGAAGGUUAGUGCAUCUCUGCAGUGGUAUGACUGAGACAUUCGAUUUUUUUUCCUUUGAAAAAAACAAAACUGAAUGUGUAUUUGUAAUUUGUAAAGGUUAAAAAAAAAGAAAAACAAAAACAAAAAAAGGUAGCCAGAAAUGUACCAGGUAUUUCGUUUCUGUUCAUAUAUGUCUGUUUUUAUAAGAACAAUGUGAAAAUUGUUGGGAUUAAAUAUUUUUGAACAUGA